AUGCUGUCCUCGGCCAAACGCUGGCUGCGCAGCAAUAGGACGCCCAUCGCCGUCGGAGUCGGCAUCCUCGGUGCCGGUUACGUCGCCGCCCAGUAUGUGCUGACGAGGAUCAACGACGCGCGCGAGCGCAUGAGCGGCGAUCGCAUCGCCAAGGAAAACCUGCGCCGACGCUUCGAGCAGAACCAAGAGGACUGCACCUUUACCGUCCUCGCCCUGCUGCCGACGGCGACGACCAACAUCCUCGCGGCCCUCGACACGGAGCAGAUCACGUACGAGAUUCAAAAGAUCAAGACCUCGUCGCGCGCCCUCAAGCUCGACGGCUCCGAGUCGACGGCGAGCCCGCCGAGCAUCGCCGACACCACCAUGACCGAGGACGACGGCAAGAGCAUGGUCAGCCUGCAGAGCGAGAGCGGCAUCCACGCGAGCCAGAUCACGACGCCCUCGCCCCUCGCCGCCGCCGGCGACGGCGGACGGCAGGACGGAGGCGCCCAGCGGUCGAGAAAGUCCAAGAGGCAGCUCUGGGACGAGUUGACCAUCAGCGCCGUCACGAGAGCCGUGACGCUCCUCUACACGCUCGCCCUCCUGACCAUGUUCACGAGGAUCCAGCUCAACCUCCUCGGCCGACGGAGCUACCUGUCGAGCGUCGUCGCCCUCGCCACCGGCGCCCAGCAGGCGACCAUCAGCCUCGAGAACAACGACGACGCCGACGCCGAGCAGGACUACGGAAGCGACUUUGACACCAACCGCAAGUACCUCACCUUUAGCUGGUGGCUCCUGCACAGGGGCUCGAGGGACCUCAUGCACCGCGUCGAGAGCGCCGUCCGCACCGUCUUCGGGAGCCUGAGCCCGCGCGACCUCGUCAGCUUCGACCGCUUCGCCGACCUCACCAUGGAGCUGAGGAGGCUCGUCGAGGGCGCCACCGCCGACGAGCGGAGGGCCUCGGACUGGCUGCCCUUCCUCCUGCCCCCGCGCGAGCAGGAGGACGGCGUGCUGGUCGAGUCGGGCAUCCUCGAGGACGACGCCGCCGCCGCCGACGACGACCAGACACCGCUCGGCCGCACCGCUCGCCUGUCACCGGCGCCUUUGCGGCGCCUGCUGGACGAGACGGCCGACCUCGUCGAGUCGCCCGCCUUCGGCCACGUCCUCACCCUCCUCCUCGACGUCGCCUUCUCCGCCCUCGUCGACGGCAAGCUCGCCGCCGAGGCCUUUGACCUCGCCCCGCAGGCCGACGCGCCCCUGCCCGGCACCGCGGCCGAGCGCCAGUCCAAGGUGGUGCUGCUGCCCAAGAUCCUGUCGGUGCUCACGCGCCAGGCCCACGUCAUCGGCAGCGGCAUGCCCAACGAGUACCUCAAGGAGAUGGAGACGGUGCGCGACCUCGAGGCCUUUGCCGCCGUCGUCUACUCGAGCAACUGGGAGAACGAGGCGCGCGAGGAGGAGCAUGUCACCGGCGGCCCCCAGCGGCCGACCGAGGAGCCGUCGCGGCAUGGACCCGAGCAGAGCGGCGUCCUCGUCGACGCGCCGAGUGCCUUUGACGGCGCCUGGGAGAGAGCGAGAGAUGCAAGCCGUCAGGACUGA